AGUUUCCUCUUCUAGUUAGGGUUUCCUCGAUCCCCAAUUUUCCGACCCCAACCCUAGCUCCGAUCCACCCGAUGGCGACCGCAGAGGGCAAGAACAAGAUCAUCAAGCUCAAGAGUUCAGACGGUAAGGAGUUUGAGGUGGAGCAGGCGGUGGCCAUGGAGUCGCAAAUGAUCCGGCACAUGAUCGAGGACGAAUAUACUGACAACGGCUUGUUGCUCCGCAAUGUCAACUCAAAGAUCCUCUCCAAGGUCAUUGAGUACUGCAACAAACACGUCCAAGCAAAGGCCGCCGACACAUCUGAUUUUGGAGGAGGAGCUAGGCCGUUAGGUGGUACAUCGGCUAUGCCUGCGGCGCCCACAGAGGACCUCAAAAACUGGGACGCCAAUUUCGUCAAGGUCGACACGGCCACCAUAUUCGACCUCGCACUGGCUGCGAACCACCUCAACAUCAGGGGGCUCCUAGACCUGACUUGCCAGACCGUCGCCGACAUGAUCACGGGAAAGACGCUAGAUGUGGUCCGCAAGAUCUUCAACAUAAAUGAGAAAUUAAGACCCGAGGAGGAGGAGAAGAUCCGAAGGGAAAACUAG